AGGAAUAAUCUAAACAGUAAGUGUAACGACUAUCGACAGUGCUGCACAUCUAUUUCUAUUAAAGAUGAAGAUCUUGAUCUUGGUUCUGUUCGUGUUCGGUGGUACUCUAGCGGAACGGUAUUGCUUUCCUGCAACUGAUACUACGUUUUUACAGGAAUCAUUUCAGUACCAUUUUACGAAGGAUGCUAGCAGCUUGUAUGAUAUUAUGAAGGAAGUGGCUGCUCUUCCGGAUAGCUCAGUUAUGACGGAUGACUCAUCUGCAGCUUUCGGCAACAAAUUCCAAAUCGCAUAUGACUUGUCUGUUGCGGCGCUGACACUCAAGAUUGGAGAAGGACGUAAGACGGGCAAGACUAGCCACGAAGUAUCCACUUUUAGUACUGAUAAUGGAUAUGAUGUUAAAACUGUACGCAUGGUAGCUAUGUUCACGGAUUCGCAUGAGUAUCAGAUGAACAUAAUCUUUUUUGAUCCGGAAAUCCUGGCGGAAGACACCACCACGAUGUCUUAUACGUAUCCAGUAGACGGAGACAACGCUAAGGGCACGAUGAACGAUUGGUACGUGACGUAUGCCUUCGACGAGGACGGUCAGUUGGAAGUUUAUCUGAGCGACAGGAAAGAUGGUCUCCUGGCAGAAGAUAGCAAACUAAAGACGACUGACAAAUUUCCCAGUCACGUAUGGACGUUCUUGAAGACGCAAUCAGAGGAUAUAUAUGCUGAUGGAUUGUUCCUGGAGUUGUCUAUGGGCCCGGAUCAUCCAGAUGGUGUAAUCACAUUUCAAUACCCCAUCCCCGGAGACUCUAUUACAGACAGUGACAUCGAAAUUGUCGCGAUGGGAGCAGCUGGAUUCGGUUAUAUCCUGCAACGGGCAAGCUACCCCGGUAGCUCUGCGGAGCUGAUAAAUGGGUUUUCAUUCCCGGAAUGCGUAAACACAGACAACUACAAGUAUACGGAUCUCGUGCAGAGUGAAAAUCCCUCCUGUCCUCAACCCAACACCGUCAGAGAGGUUAAAAGUAAAAUGCCUUACGGUAAAUAUCAUAUUAAAGAGACGUGUCAAAGCGAUGGAUAUAGCUGUUGGGAUGAUACUCAUGAUACCUGUAAUGCAAAACAAAAUUUUGUUUGUAGUGUGUCGGAAGCUGAUGCGACUGUAAUGACUACCAAUGAGCACAUAGAUGUGCACGUGGACAACGUUGGACCGUUUGUCGGAAUGGAACUGUCGGAGGGGGAUCGUGACAAAGUUAUCUUCUUGGGGGAAAGACUUGACUUUAUCUGUAAAGACAAAAAUGAUGGAGCCGAGUAUGUGUUCGAGUACGACCCGGAAAACUUCAAUGAUGAAUCUCAGUUUGGAUACGACACCAUCAGUUUCAGCUGCGUCAACGAUUACGCUAAAUUAUACACCGACUUCAAGGCUAUCUUUGAUGCCUUGAAAUGUGUCCCUAAGCCAGAAGAUAAGCCAGAAGAUGAGCCAGAAGAUGAGCCAGAAGAUAAGCCAGAAGAUGAGCCAGAAGACGAUGGUAAUGAUGGUCACGAUGACGACUGUGCAAAAACAUUCAGUUGUGAAUAUUCGCAAGCUGCUACCCUUACUAGCAGCUCAGCCAUCACAAUUGUUCUCCUGGUAGUAGCAUUCUUUUAGAAUUUUCUAUCAAGUGAUCUUUUCGAUGAUCGCAGAUUGAAUAGAUAUUACAAAAGGACACGAACUUGACUUAAUUAGAUUUUGAGCAUAUAAACUGUAUUAUACACUUUUCAAAGAAAAAGGGGAACAAUAAAUGUAUUGCUUCGGCAUUCAGACAUUAAUAAAUUUGCAUGAUAUUAGUAAGUUAGUAUAGUUUAGAGCAAUAUUUUAAAUAUUUGGCCACAUGGCUAAAAGUAAACUUGGGUUUUUGUUUUUGAGCUCUUGUAUUUUUUUUAUCAAUAAAAUUUCAAAUUGUUACACAAAUACAUCAUUUUAUUUCAAAGAAAAUAUCACCGAAUGACCUUACAUGCCUUGACAAGUGACCGAGUGUAAACAAAAUUAGGGACACCGAAACACCAGUUGACCAGUAAACUGGUCAUAGCAAUUACAUCGGGCCUUAUAUGCACCUAUAAGUGAAGCGAUGCUGCAAC